GGCUAAAUUAAGAGAAAACAUUAGUAUACAAAUUAAUAAUAAUAGUAGUAAUUAAGCAACAAUGGCAGCAUUGCACUUUAUCUAUUACUCCCUCCUCUCACUUGCUUUGUUGGUAUUCACUCUCAAUAAGAUCUUGUUCAGAAAAACAAGCUCCUUGAACAUUCCACCUUGUCCACCCACCAUUCCGAUAAUCGGCAACCUCCACCACCUCAAGUCCCCAUUCCACCGCUCCUUCCACGCCCUAUCACAAACCUACGGCCACAUUUUCUCCCUUUGGAUUGGUUCACAGCUUGUUGUUGUUGUCUCCUCCCAAACCCUAGCUCAACAAUGCUUCACCAAGUACGACAUCGUUUUAGCCAACAGAGCCCGUAACCUCGUUGGAAAGCACCUCUUUUACGACUGCACCAGCUUGGGCUGCUCCUCCUACGGCGAUCACUGGCGGAACCUUCGCCGCAUUGCCACCACCGAGAUCCUCUCCACGCAUCGCAUCAACUCCUUCGCGGAAACACGCAAAGAUGAAACCCUGAGAGUGAUAAAGAAUUUGGUUGAGCAAACCUGCACGGAGUUCACUAGGGUUAAAUUGAGGCCAUGGCUUUCCAAGAUCUCGUUCAACAGCAUGAUGAGAAUGAUCUCCGGGAAGAGGUACUACGGGGACGAUGAUAGCGGCAAUGACGUGGCGGAUACCGAGGAAGCCAUGAAAUUCAGGGAGACCAUCGCGGAGAUACUGUCGUUGAUAGGUGCAAGCAAGGUGGUUGACUUUUUCCCGUUACUACGGUGGUUUGACUUCGACGGUUUGGAGAAAAGGCUGAAGAGGGUUAACAAGAGUGCCGAUAAAUUCUUGCAGGGUCUAAUUGAUGAGCACCGUAAUGGGGAGCAUAAUAAGAAAACCAUGAUUGGGAAUCUCCUAACUCAGCAAAAAUUGCAGCCUCAGUACUACUCUGAUAUUAUCAUCAAAGGGCUUAUUCAGGUACAUCUAUAUUCGUUUAGGGUUUUUCUUUUUCCAAAGAAAAUAGUUAAAAUAAUCUUUUAAGUAAAGAUAAUAUAUAAUUGAGAUGUAGACAGGAGUUUUGUAUUAGAUUAUUUAAUAGAAAAAGUCUAGUGCCAUCAAUUUUAUUGAAUUUUGAUCAGCAUGUAACCAGCAGAGAAAGGUGAGUUAUUGGAUGAAAUUUUACACCAAUCUUACACCAUUAAAUUAUCAUUGAUAACUAUUUGAUAGCUAUUAA